CGGAAAUUCACGAACACGUGGGUACGAAGUGGACCGGUGACGCAAUCAACGAAGAGAUAAACAGAAGGGAAGAUGUUGUCUGCUAAACAAUUCGUUCGCCAUUUCUCCAUAUCUCAGUCCUUACAAAGGAUGAAGAUAGCUGUGAUUGGUCAGAGUGUGUUUGGGGCAGAUGUGUACAAGCUUCUGCAGAAAGAUGGACAUGAGAUAGUUGGUGUAUUUACCGUCCCUGAUGUGAACGGAAAACCUGACCCGCUUGCUGUGGCAGCCCAGUCGGAUGGUAUUCCUGUUUUCAAGUACAAGCGUUGGCAGAUAAAGAAACAGCCAAUUCCUGAGGUUCUUGCGGAAUACCAGAAACUGGGCGCAGAGCUCAAUGUGCUACCGUUUUGCUCCCAGUUUAUUCCCAUGGACGUGAUCAAUUUUCCAAAGGAAAGGUCCAUUAUCUACCAUCCAUCCAUAUUACCACUGCAUCGGGGAGCCUCUGCCAUCAACUGGACCCUGAUGCAGGGGGACAAGGUGGGAGGGUUUUCAGUAUUCUGGGCGGACGAUGGGCUCGACACCGGCCCCAUUCUUCUCCAAAAGAAGACCUACGUGGCCCCUAACGACACCGUGGAUACCAUCUACAACAGGUUCCUCUAUCCUGAAGGAGUGAAGGCUAUGGGAGAGGCAGUGCGACUAAUUGACACGGGAAUGGCUCCCAAAAUCGUGCAAAAUGAAGAUGGUGCCACCUACGAUGCCAUGAUGAAAAAGAGCAACGCUGUGAUCAACUGGGACCAGAGUGCGGAGGCGAUCCACAAUUGGAUCCGUGGCUGCGACAAAGUACCGGGAGCCUGGGCAACCAUCAAUGGAGAGCAAGUGACCUUGUAUGGGUCCAAAAUGUGGAACCGUAUGGAGCCCCGUGGCCGCUCUGUGGAAAUACAAGGGGCGUCCAGACCGGCCAUAGUGCACAAAAAUGGAAUGGUCGUUUUUGGGAAGGAUGGAAAAAUGGUGAACAUCAGCCAGGUGCAAAUGGCCAGCGGGAAAAUGAUCAACGCAAACAAGUUUGGGCGAGAUGAUGGAGGUGAGAGUAAGAUCGAGCUGACAUCAGAGGAAAAGACAAUGAUUGCAGACCUGAAGAAAGUCUGGGCCGGAAUACUCAACGUUGACGUGGAGAUCACAACAGACUUCUUCAAGUCUGGAGCUGGUUCCAUGGAUGUCGUGAGGUUGGUGGAAGAGGUGAAGGAGAAAUGUAACGGCGUCUCUCUCGAGAAUGAUGACGUCUACAUGAAUACAGUUUUUGAAGAUUUCUGCACAUGUGUUGUGAAGAGAGGACGUGGUAUCGAGGAUAAGGAACCCUUUGAAUUUGAAGCAGUAAAAAUGCGCAAGAACAACAUGGAUCUAACGAUCCCAUACCAGCUGUUCAUCGAGAAUGAGUUUAUGGACUCCUCAGAUGGGAAAAUGUUCAAGACAAUAAAUCCUGCUAACGAGGAGGUGAUAUGUGAAGUCUCCCGGGGAACCCCGGAUGACGUUAACAGGGCUGUUGAGGCUGCUAAGGAAGCCUUCUUUGAGGGACCAUGGGGCAAGAUGAAUGCCAGGGACCGGGGCAAGCUCAUGUACAGACUUGCCGACCUGAUGGAGGAACACAAGGAGGAGUUAGCUACCCUAGAGAGUAUUGACUCGGGGGCUGUGUACACAUUGGCUCUGAAAACACAUGUCGGCAUGUCCAUUGACACUUUCCGAUACUUUGCUGGAUGGUGUGAUAAGAUACAGGGCAAGACAAUUCCUAUCAACCACUCGACACCUAACAGGAAUCUGACGUACACGAAGCGGGAACCGAUCGGUGUGUGUGGUAUUGUGGUACCCUGGAACUACCCUCUCAUGAUGUUGGCAUGGAAAAUGGCUGCUUGUUUGGCAGCUGGAAACGUCGUCCUCCUGAAGCCUGCACAGGUGACUCCUCUGACAGCCCUGAAGUUUGCCGAGCUGUCAGUGAAGGCUGGAUUCCCACCUGGUGUUAUCAACAUCCUGCCCGGCCCAGGGUCCUCCAUUGGUCAGGCCAUGUCCGAACAUCCUGACAUCCGAAAGAUAGGCUUCACCGGCUCCACCCCCAUUGGAAAAACUAUCAUGGAGAGUUGUGCGAAGGUGAAUGUAAAGAAAGUCGGGCUGGAGCUGGGAGGGAAGUCUCCGCUCAUCAUUUUCUCUGACUGUGAUAUUGACAAGGCUGUUAGAAUGGCGUGUAGUGCAGUGUUUUUCAACAAGGGGGAGAAUUGUAUAGCCGCUGGUCGGCUGUUUGUAGAGGAUUCGAUACAUGAUGAAUUCAUCGAGAGAGUGGUAGCUGAGGUGAAGAAGAUGAAGGUUGGUGACCCCUUAAACCGCUCCACUGAUCAUGGACCUCAGAACCACCGAGCCCACCUGGAAAAGUUGGUUGAGUUCUGUGAUAUUGGGGUCAAGGAAGGGGCCACGCUGGUAUAUGGAGGCAAACAGGCUGAUAUGCCAGGGUUGUUUAUGACUCCGACAGUGUUUACUGACGUAGAGGAUGACACAAUGAUGGCCAUUGAGGAAUCUUUCGGCCCUAUCAUGAUAGUGUCUCGCUUUAUGGAUGGUGACAUUGAUGGAGUGAUAGCAAGAGCUAAUGCUUCAGAGUACGGCCUAGCAUCUGGUGUAUUCACAAAAGACAUCAACAAGGCGAUGACUGUUGCGGACGGAAUCAAGGCUGGAACGGUGUUCGUAAACACCUACAACAAGACUGAUGUCGCUUCUCCCUUUGGAGGAUUCAAGCAGUCUGGAUUCGGGAAGGAUCUGGGUGAGGAGGCCCUCAACGAGUACCUCCAGACCAAGGCUGUUACCGUGGAGUACAACAUGUAACCAUGGCAACCAACAUCGUGUUAAAUGAAGAAAAACGGACAAAACCUUCAUGCAGUUGUGUGAAGGAAGAAAAAUACAUUCAAAUAAAAGGAAAACAUCUGAAAGACUUAACUAAAUUAACAAUGAAAUAAAUAGAAACAACACGCAAGCCUCAUAAAAUAGGUGAUUUUGAAUGUUUAUUAACUGUUAUUGUUUAUUUAAUGCAUUUUGUUACAAGUAUUCAGGAAAUACAAGUCCAUUGUACCAAUGGUUAUAUAUGUUUUGUCACGUGAUGUCAGGGGAACAGUAUUUUCAAUUCACUAGCCUAUUUGUACUGGUAAGGGACACCUUUUUUCCAGAAAAAUGGAUGUUUGGCUUAAAUAAUUUGAGGAAUACUGAAUGAUAUUUCAUAGGAAAAGAGUUUGGGCCCUGAUAUAAAAUUCAUUGCAAUAAGAUAUGUAGUAUAUGCUGAUUUUUUUAACGAUUAUAUUGUGCCAAUCUAAUUUAUUCAAAUCUUGUUAAAUGACAGUGAACUGUGGCAAGAAUCAGAGUGGUAUUGCUAAACAUGGGUGAUUACAGGGUGGGCAAAUCAAUUGGUACGGGCAAAAAAGAGGUCCCUUACCAGUUUAGUUUUGGAUAGUUUUAUUUUACACACCAGCAUUAUUUGCAUUAAACCUUUCCUGAACUAAUUCUGAAUCUAUAGGAAAAUUACAUUGACAGAUAUACACUGGCACAGAAUUGGAUAUUGUAGUUAAAAUAGAUGGAAAAAUGAACUGUGAAUUUUUUUCACAAUGCUGUCAAAUUUAUGUGCCUUGAUAAGAGUUUACCACUUUCACUUUUUUUUAUUAGUGUUAUGAAAUGACUUGUUUUUUUCUAUUUAUGUUCUUCAAAAAUUAUAAAAAUACUCAAUUUAAAUUGUGAAGAGGGUGGAUCUCAUAUAAAUUGUCAAUAGUCAGGGGGUGGUUAAAUUACCGUCCUAGGAGUGAUUUGUAUCUAGGAGUGGUUUGUACCUAGGAGUGAUUUGUACCUAGGAGUGAUUUGUACCUAGGAGUGAUUUGUAUCUAGGAGUGGUUUGUACCUAGGAGGGAUUUGUACCUAGGAGUGGUUUGUACCUAGGAGGGAUUUGUACCUAAAAGUGAUUUUACCUAGGAGGGAUUUGUACCUAGGAGGGAUUUGUAUCUAGGAGGGAUUUGUAUCUAGGAGGGAUUUGUACCUAGGAGGGAUUUGUAUCUAGGAGGGAUUUGUAUAUAGGAGAUAUUGUCAAGAGUUCAUGGGUUAUUGGAGAGUGCUAGGAUCAAGGUUGUACAAAGGGAGAUUUUUUAACAGUGCAUUCAAUCUCUCCUACAAACAAGACAUUUCCUAGAGUUCUUCAUGAAAUUGCACCAGGUACUUCUGUUGCAGGUAUGAAAUUGUCGCUAGGUAUGAAAUUGUUGCUAGGUAUGAAAUCGUUGCUAGGUAUGAAAUCGUUGCUAGGUUAAAAAUGGUUGCUAGGUUUGAAAUCUUUGCUUGGUAAGAAUUCAUUGCUAGGUAAAAAAGGUAAAACAUUGUUGAUAGGGAUGAAAUCACUUCUAGAAACCGUGAUGAAAUGGCUCCCAGUAUUUAAGAUGGUAGCUCAUCAACAGUACAUUUUCACUGUUGUACAAACUAAUUUUUACUAAAAUUUUGAUUUUAUUUAGAAAUAAAUUGUAUUUAUAAGACUUACCUAUCUGUCUUUAUGGUAUGGUCAAUGUUCAGGCGUGUUUUAAUUUACACACUAAGAUCUUUUGUUUGAUUAUUUCACAAUUUCAUUUUUUUUUUGUGUUUGGACCACUUACCAAUCAUGUAUUUAGUCAGUUUCAAUUUAUGAUUUAUUGCUGUGUUUAAGUCAUUUAAAUGUUAUAUUAUAUUGUUUUGUUUGCAUUGAGUUAUAUUUAGAAUGAUAUAUUACACUUACAUUGUUAUACAGUAUUGGGUAUCUUACCAACGGACAUACAUGUGUACAUCCAAAUACCAUUCCAACAUCAAGAAGUUUACACAUAUAAAUCAUAACACUCUCUUCAAUUUCUAACAACUUUUCUUCAAGACUCAAAUUGUCUCAUAUGACCAGUCAAACAAUUUCAGUAAAAAGUUAUUAUUAAGACUCUAAACAUUUGUUUUGAAAAUGGGUUUAUAUGAUAAUAUGGUCGUUGAUUAUAUGCAGCCUGUUUAUAAUGACAGGGUAUCACUGUCUCAUUGUUCUCAGGCCGGUUGCUAGUCAUGCUCAGAGUGAGGCUGUUUUCACUGGUAUUUCUGACCAACAAAUUGAUCUGUUAAUAAUUCAAAAACUGGAUAAUGUCAUCAUGUCUGCAUCCGUCUUAUGCCAAAUAAAUGAUUUCGUAAGACAAAGAAUAAAUGACUGUUAGUUGGAAUAAGGUAAUUAUUAAAAUUAACAGUGUAGUUCCAUGAUCGAUUACAGUAUUGAAACAAAAAUAUUGCUGAGGGUCAUUUUAAGGGGAGGCGUUUUCGAUGAGCCAGUCUUGCCACUGCAAACAAACCAGGUUUUAAGCAUAUCAAUGUUGAUUUGUCUUUGUAAAUCAGGAGGGAGGGUUGAGAUAUACUUCCAGACCUUCUCACAGACGUCCAAUAGAUCUUACCAAUUCCCUACAUAAAUAUUCUUUAAAAGGCGAGAACUCAGAGUCUAUAGUCAUAGAGGGAUGUUGAAAAUAAAUGAAAUCUCUUUAAAUGCAUAUCACAAGUUAAUUAGUAGUUCUCGAAAAAAACAUGCCUUAUUAUCAGUAUUAUAUAGACAUUAUUUUAGUCUGUUUAUUACUUGGAUCUUUUUCAGUUCUGCAUCCUUUUGAAAAUUGUACAUACAUUUUAAUCCUUGCCUAUUCAGUUUUUGGAGGAAUUCCAUGAAAUGGUGUUGAAAUAAAACUCCCAUUAUCUUCCCAGAAAUCAGGCAACAUUAGGUGCUCUUCAUUUACUUGUGGUUUAUCAAAAUCCACACCAAGAUAGGAGCCAAGAUUGAAGCCGAUUUCAAUUCUCCCCCUUGAGAGUUUGUACUGAAAUAUUAUUGAAUGUUAAUGGUAGAAAGUGUGCAGUGCCUCCUCGUGGUAAAAAUGUGUGCCGCUUUAAAGGAUGUUUCAAUAUACAGUUGUUUUGUAUUCCAUGAUUAAAUGAGUUUGGUUUCAGAUUUAUAUAACACCCAUCACGAUUUUGAUUGCCUUUGUGUUGGUUUUGGUUGGUGAAAUAACUUCUCACUGUAUUCUGUAAUCAUUUAAAUAGUUUUAUGUGAAGGUGAAGAAAAUAAAUUCUUUUCAACUAGAAA